AUGUACAGUAGUUUCGAUGCUUUCAAGCCGCAUUUUAAUGCUUUGGCAAGAGUUGGAUAUUUUAAAAUGGUUUUUAAGUCGUCUUCUAAAAUUAAGCAAACCUUGAACAUAUAUUACCGUGUUUUUGUUUGGUUUUUUGUUAUUUUAUAUAAUUUACAACAUGUUUUACGUGUAAUUCAGGUCCGGCACAGCACAGAUGAAAUUGUGAAUACAUUAUUCAUUCUGCUAACAACCCUAAACUCCUUGGGCAAACAGGUCGCUUUUAAUAUGCGCACAGCGCGCAUCGAUCGUCUUAUUAAUAUAAUUAACGGAUCCUUUUUUGCCCCUGGCAAUAAGUACCAAGAUGACGUCAUGAGGAAGAACGCUACGUCCAUGCUACGACUGUUACGUAUGUAUCACUGUGCGAUAUUCCUAUGUGCUUUCAUGUGGACGAUAUUUCCCCUUGUCAACCACGCUUUGGGAGAAAAUGUUCAGUUCACUGGAUACUUUCCAUUUGAUACCAGUAAGACGCCAAUAUUUGAAUUAACAGUUGCAUACAUGUCCAUACUAAUAACACAACAAGCGUACGGCAAUGUUACAAUGGAUUGCACUAUUGUUGCAUUUUAUGCACAAGCAAAAACGCAAUUGCAAAUGUUAAGAUACGAUCUUGAGUAUUUAUACGAUACAGAUGGAGAAAAUAAUAAAGAUAUUCACAAAGUUGUAUUAAAAACUUACAAGGAUGUUGAAAGCAUAAGAUUUAGAAGAUUAUUGCAAAGGAAAUUUGUAACGUGUAUACAACAUCAUCAACAGAUUUUAUGGUUUGUUAAGGAAGUACAGUCAAUAUUUGCGGAAGCCAUGGUCGUACAAUUCUUCGUCAUGGCGUGGGUCAUCUGUAUGACCGUCUAUAAGAUAGUGGGGCUUAGUAUACUGUCAGCGGAGUUUUUCUCGAUGGCCAUGUAUUUGGUGUGUAUGCUGGCACAACUCUUUAUUUACUGCUACUAUGGAACUCAACUUAAAUAUGAGAGUGAAUGUGUGAAUCAAUCAAUCUACGACUCUGAAUGGAUAUUGCUAUCCCCAGCGGCGAGGCGUCACCUCCUCAUCCUGAUGGUUCGCUGCUCGCGCCCUCUAGUGCCGAGCAUAGCUCACAUUGUGCCCAUGUCUAUCGAUACUUACAUUUCUAUUCUCAAAUCUUCAUAUACAUUGAUCACUUUUUUGGAUCGAAAAUAA